AUGAACUCUUGUUGGGGUUUAUUUGGUUUGGCAUUACGCAUCUCAUUAUAUAAGAGGCCUAGUGGAUUAUUAAAAGGCUUUUCAUACGUUGAUAGGGCAUCAACUCAAAAGCUUUUUCCAAUGCAUUUAAUAAGUCUUCAGAAACACAAUGGAAGUCGUCAUGUUGGACAAGAUUCUGAUUCUUCAGAUGAUGAGUUAGCUGAUGAAGAUGAGGAUGAUGAUGAUAAUGCCGAUGAAUUAGAUCCAUAUUAUUCAGAAGAUAUGGCGUUCAGUCCACAUUUUCGACAAAUCUCAUCAUACGUCAAAUCUUUACGUUUUGAUAAAAUUAUUCGUGUGGGUUUAGAUAUCACUAGAAGUGCUGCUGAUAAUGCCUUUUUUUCUAACCGAUGUAGGUUAAAUGGAGAAAAACUGCUUAAGAUGGGUACUACAGUUUAUAUAGGUGAUAAACUUGAUAUAGUGAUCGACGAUACAGAAGGACCUCUUGGUAAAAGAGUACGAGUUCUUGACAUAAAACAAUCAAAACAAAAUAAUUACAAGAUUAGUUUACGUUGUUGGAGAAAUAAUUUGUAUUAUGUCAAGUUAUUUUUGGUCGGUCGACCACCUUUGGCUCUAUUUUCAUUAUUUCUAUUAUUAUGUGCAGUUGGAUUAAUUGUAUUAGAUGUACUAGUGAAUAAAUCCCCUCCUAAUAAUCCUGAUGUUGAAAAACAUUGGAAUAAAUUAUUAUUAGAAUUAUCAGGAUUAGAAUUUUGUAUUAUUAAUUCAUCAAAUGCAAGAUUAAUGGCAGAAUCUUACGCAAGUGCACAUGUUCUACGUGGAUUAGAUGAUAUGGAAUCUGACAACGUCAUUAUUUCACAUGCAAUCCAUCUACCUUUAUUAAUAUAUCCUAAUGAAGAAUUUGUUUAUGAUAUGUCAUAUUUAUUAAUUGCUAAAAUGCAUGGACGUCAUAUUGGUAUUAAAGGUCCUUUAGCAUUGCAAAAACUGAACAUAUCUUUUCUGGUACCAUCAGUUCGAAAUGAAAAUCGUAAAGGAAAAAAACCGAACUUUCAACUUGUACAUUUAAAAACAUGUGUGACUUUUACUGCUACAUCAGCUAUUUUCCCACCAAUACUGUUACCUCCGACUUGUGAACCAAACUUAAUUGGUAGUACAUCCUCAAUAACUAGUCUUCUUGAAUGGUCCAAACGGACUGAUGUUUUUGACUCGAACCGUUGUCAUGGUCGGACACGAAUACAGACUGAGUUUCAUGUUUCUCCCCAUCUUUUACCACGUUUGGAAAAGGCAGAUAUUCUCCUCAUUUCAUCUCGACUACAAUUUCUAGUAAUUAUAUUGUUACUGUCAGAUUUUCUUAUAUUGUUUUUCGAGGUCGGAAUGUAUUUUCUUUAUGUCGCUGUAUAGUUCUAGCUUGGGGGUUACACAAUAGCUUAGGAAACGAAUAUAGCGUUCAGUUUGCAAGACUUAUCCGAAAGAAAUAUGCAUCUCACCAGGAUCCCAAUUUAUAACAUCCUAUUAGGCCGUUCGAUACUCUACUGUGUAAGUUUCAAGACCUAGUAACUAUUUAAGUCCUAUCCUAAUAUGCUUAAAUCAAUCUGUAAACUAUGCUUAUCUCAAACAUAAUGAUUAGCCUUCUGUUCGAUUUGAAUUGUUUUAAAAAAGCCCUCUGGGACUCGAAUAUAAUUUAAUCCAUAGUUUCGUUACGCAGUAAAAUUGUUGUGUGAAUUGAGUCUUGAGUAGCAAUCAUUAUAUUUAGUCAGAUUGUUUAUGCAUUCCUUAUUGUUGACAUAGCUUAAAUCUGUUACCAAACUAGGAUGCAUGGUAAUUCGAUGCAGAUGAUAAAUUACGUUUGAGAGUAAAAUAAAAAUAAAUUAUGGUUGAACGACGCAAUUUAGAAUAUGAAAUGACUAGCCUCAAUUAUAUAUAUCCUCUCUGUGAAUAUGCAUUACUUGUUAUUACCAACUUUGUAAAAACCAAUAGAUCAAAAAUUUCCUACUCAUUACGCUUAAUUGUUUUAUUUUACUAUGUACUUUUAUGUAAUCAAGAAAAGCUUUGCACCAGACGUUCGUCAUACUACCGUUUUCCAUUUUUUAUAUCUCCGAUCUAAAUUAAAAUGGUUUUUAGUUUAGAACUCCUACAUUUGCUUCAUUCAUUAGUACUUAUUUUGUAACAUAUUUCUUUUAAAUCUCCAUUUUAUUCUCCCUUCAGCGUUGUUUGGGAAACUAAUAUUAACCAAACAUUUAUUUGCUGACUUAAAUCCAUUUCCUAAUAUUCCGAGUCAUCUAUCCUAGUUGGUAUGACAUAUUGGCCUAAAUGUUGACUAAUCAGUAAUGAUUUUGAAAGUAUUACAAUUGUAAAUUAAUGGUUUAAAUGAUCAAAGUGGUCAACUUGCAAUGAUUGUUUUAUAAGUUUCAAUUUUUAUUCACUCCAUCUAUUUCUGUCUGUUCUCAACUGUCUAGUUUUGAUAAUCACUGUACGCGAAGUAUUGUGAUGCGUGCUACUUAUAUUGACAUAAGUAGUAUAUAACGCGAGUCAGGAAUGUAAUGUCUGGCAGCAGAAGAUUGGGAAGAUCAAGAAAGGAAAAACGAGUAUAGAAAGUAAUUAGUAUGGAAAUGCAAGAACAAUGAAGUUCGAGACAAUUAUUAAACAUUUCGCAAAUUAGAAAGUAUAGUUUUUUUUCAUUUUACCAAGUAACUAUGUAAUGUUGUGCUAAAUAUAAUUCGGUUGUCCUCACCUGUGUUCCCCUUCAAUACAGUAUGAUCAGAUCAAAUUAUGGCAAAUUGUAUUAAGUUUAAUUAAAAUAACCCAUAAUGUCAUUGAAUGAGAAAAAGAGAAUUAAGCGAAGAAAAUUUUCUUUUCGACGAAAUCAUUUACUUAAGCUGUACAUUCGUUUUUUUCCUGCACUUUUAUUUGAUUAUUAUCGAAUUUUCGCAUUUUAAACUCUAAUCAGUUAUUAUUAUUAUUAUUAUUAUUAUUAUU